AUGUCCCUCCCCGACACCUACCUCGCGGCCACCGUGCCCACCCCCCAAUCACCCCACACCCUAACCACCCACCCCGUGCCCUCCCCCAACGCCAACGAAGUCCUCAUAAAAAUCACCGCCACGGCCGUCAACCCCGUCGACUGGAAGAUGCGCGACUACAACUUCUUCCUGACCGAAUACCCCGCCGUCCUCGGCUCCGACGCCUCGGGCACCAUCGCCGCCGUGGGCUCCAACGUCACCACCUUCACCCCAGGCGACCGGGUCUUCUUCCAAGGCAUAAUUGGCAACUACGCCGCCUCGACCUUCCAGCAAUACUGCGUGAUGCCGGCAGAGCUCGUCUCGCGAACCCCCUCCAACAUCUCCGACGAGCAAGCCGCGGGGAUCAGUCUAGCGAGCGUGGCCGUCGUGACGGGAAUGUAUGAUAGCACGGGGCACGGAAUCACACCUGCUCCCUGGGCCGAGGGCGGUGAUGCGGCAGGCAAGGGCAAGGCGAUUGCUAUUUUGGGCGGAGCGUCGAGUGUAGGACAGUAUGCGAUUCAGUUUGCAAGGUUGAGCGGGUUCACGAAGAUUAUUACGAAUGCGAGCGUCGUGCAUAGGGAGUAUUUGCAGGGGCUGGGAGCGCAUGUGGUGCUGGAUCGGAAGAUUGCCAAGGCGGAGGACUUUGUUGCUGCGGCUGGGGAGGUGCCGACUCGUUAUGUGUAUGAUGCCAUUUCGAUGAAGGAGACGCAGGUGCUCGGGGUGGAGAUUGCAAAGGCAAGUAAGGGGGCUGCGAAGGCGGUGGUGACGGUGUUGGGUGCGGAGAAGGAGGCGGCGGAGUUGGGGAAGGAGGGCGAACAUCAGGUGGAGGUUAGGCAGAUUUUGGGUAUUGGGGCUUCUCCCAAGUUGAGACAUGUUAGUGAGCCCAUGGUGAAGGCGCUUGGAGGUGAGGAUGGAUGGAUUGCGAAGGGACUGUUUGUGCCGAAUCGCGUGCGCGUGGUUCCUGGUGGAUUGGGGGCUGUUGAGGAGGCGUUGAAGACAAAUAAGGAGGGGGUUUCCGGGGAGAAGGUGGUCUUCCGUCCCAAUGAGGGUGCGUAG